CUCUCUGAUUAGGCACGUGAGUUUGGUCCAUCAGGUGAAUGACCGGUUGUGCGCGUGCAGUCCCUCAGCACUGGUCAGCCUCUGUGGGGCUCUGAGGGAUACAGAAGUGAUAUAAGAGCUGGCGGUCGAGGGCAGUGACACGGCUUCACCGUCUGUGAAACCUCAUGUGGUCAUGGCGGCGGCCCCGCUCUGUCUGUUGAACCGCUUUCUCCUCCCCGGUGUGCGGCCGGUCUCGCGCGUCCAGCUCACUUUGUUGUGUGGUAGCUCGCGGAGCCACAACACUACCUCAGGUAUUCCAGGCGUAAAAGAGAGGACUCUGGUUGCUGUCAAGCCAGAUGGGGUCCAGAGGCGUCUGAUUGGUCAGAUCAUUAAGCGUAUGGAGCAGCGAGGCUUCCAGUUGGUGGGUCUGAAGAUGCUGCAGGUGUCUGAGGAGUUGCUGGCACAGCAUUAUGCGUCUCUUCAUAGAAAACCGUUCUACCCCAGCCUGCUGCGCUAUAUGACCUCAGGCCCUGUGGUUGCCAUGGUUUGGGAGGGACACAAUGUAGUGAAGUCCACACGAAUGCUGGUGGGACACACAAACCCAGCGGAAGCUGCACCUGGAACGCUGAGAGGAGACUUUAGCGUUCAUGUUAGCAGGAAUAUUGUGCAUGCAUCAGACUCUGCUGAGGUGGCACAAAAAGAGAUCUCGCUAUGGUUCCAGCGCUCUGAGCUGAUUGACUGGGAGUGCUGUGACCAUGGCAACAUCUACCAUCCAUGAGGGACUGGCCUGCGGAAAGUGCAGGCGCCAUAAAUUAGCACCCAUGCUGUAUGCGUUAACGUGUGAGCGAGGACCACAGUUUAAAUGCUGGAGCAUUUAAGCAAACGCAUAGUGGGGCUUUCAGUUCAUUACUUGCUAGUAGUUUUAAAGGAAUUCAGCCUGAAAACAUGUUUUGGAAAGUAAUAUUAAAUUGCUGUAGUAUUGUUAUGCUACACUGUGACAAUUUUUAAGUAUAUGACCAGUUUUUUUGCUGAGUAAUUUUGUGGUAUAUAAAAGUUUUGGAAAGUAGAGAUGUUUGAAAGUUAAAGCCAAACACAAUUGAUGUUCCUGAUGUUUCUUAUAAGCAACAUUUGGACAGAAGCAGCACUGUGCAGUCAUUCUAAUUAGAAACACCUACUUACAUUCACUCGCACAUUACUGUAAUAGCAGCUGUGAAAAACUGUCUUUUGAUGUUUUUCAAAUAGUUAAUAAUUCAGAUAAUUGUGUAUGGUGAAACUGUUUUCCUCCCAGAAAUGAAUUGCUUGUUCUUUUCAACAUAAUGAAUGUUUCAUGUGAUCUACAUCGAAGGGCAUUCCAUAAAAUAUCUCAAAUCUGUAAUUUUAUAUUUGAUUUCUAAUUGUGAAAAUGGUUUGAAAGAUGACAGUCAGUAUUUCCCAGUUGUGCUCAAAAUGGCUGUGCAGGACAUUAGUGGUCAGAAGAUUUGUUGACUUUAGAAUAAGUAUAGUCGAUAAUAAUAUGCUAUGGUGCUCCAAACUGGGACUUCACUAUAAGGAAUCAAAACGGUGUGCAUGGAAUAGUCCAAUAAAUGUUUAAAAGAA